AUGAGGCGUCCGCUACUGCGCACUAUCAACAAUCCCAUGAGGGAACCGCUUAGCGAAAUAUCGAAGCUCUACACCCGUGCACAAGAUGACCAUAUUGGACAACGGGAAGCUAACAUAAGUAGAAGCGUAGCUAUGGAAAAGACGACUGCUGAGGUCACACCAAAAAGACCACGUGAGGACGAGCAGAUAAAGCGACGAACCACUCCAAAAAGGACUAAAACAACGCAUGACGAACCAAUUGCGAAAGCAGGAGAAAGCAGGAAUCUCGGGGGAGGAGAAAAGGAUGCGACAAGGGAAGAUACCUGGAUCACGGUACCAAACAUACUUCGGGCAGUCAAACAGAAUGAAAAUCUGCAAGUGCUUUGCGAAAAUGUCUCAAGAAUUAAAAAGACAGCUAAAGGAGAGAUACUGUUAGAGCUAAAGAAGGCGCAAACAGGAAGUACUAAAGCAUAUAGAGAUGAGAUGGUGAAGAUACUAGGAGAUCAGGCACAGAUAAGAUCUCUAACACAAGAAACAACAGUGGAAGUGCGUGACUUGGACGAUAUAACGACGAAAGAGGAUAUAGCACAAGCAAUUCGUUCAGAAUUUGAAGAGCUUCGUCUAUUUAGUGAAGAGUGUAUUAAAAGCAUCAGACCAGCAAAUGCAGGCACUCAAAAAGCAAUCAUAAGCCUUGCAAAAGCAAAGCACCUACUGGCAGCGCAAAAGAUUAAAAUCGGCUGGACAAUCUGUAGAAUCCGGGAAAAAGCGCAACUGAAGAAAUGUUACAGAUGUCUAGAGUAUGGAUAUGUGGCGAAAGCAUGCAGCAAUCCCAAAGACAGGAGCAAGUCCUGUAUCAAAUGUGGAGAGGAGGGUUAUUUCGCCAAUGAGAUUGCGGAGAUAAGAUGA